GAAGGUUGAAUGGGGUAGAAGCCGGUUGAGGAGGGAGGGAAACUGCCCCCUUCCUGCCUCCCUCCACCACCGUCAUCCAGUGGGACCGAGGGGGCCGGUAGGGACAGCACAUGCCUGGGCUCCCAGGAGGGGGCACCUGCUCACUGUCUUGGAGAAGGAAACGCUGUGUGGUGCCAUGUCAGCUCCCGACACCUGGCCCUGAUGGCCAGAGCCACACCUGGUGAAGAGCAGCACUCGUGCUGCAAGGAAUGGUUCCUGCGAACCUGGAAGGGCUGAACCCCAGUGUCUCCAGGAAAGGCCACCCAGGGCCUUACGACAGACAUGAGUGAAACGCAAGUCCCCGCCCCCAACCCUGGGCUGUUCACAGGUCCCACCAGGCUGUGGACCACCUGUCGGGAUGGACAAGUCCUCCUCAGGCUCUCGAAACACGGGCCAGGCCACGAGACCCCGAUGACUAUCCCUGAGCUGUUUCAAGAGUCCGUCCAACGAUUCGGCUCUUACCCGGCUCUCGCGUGGAAGGAUGGCGAGAAAUGGGAAACUCUGAAUUUCUACCAGUACUACCAGGCUUGCCGGAAGGCCGCCAGAGCCUUGAUCAAGCUGGGCCUGCAGCGGUUCCACGGGGUCGGCAUCCUGGGAUUCAACUCGGUCGAGUGGUUCAUCGCAGCUCUCGGUGCCGUCUUGGCAGGGGGCCUCUGUGUUGGUAUUUAUGCCACCAAUUCUGCCGAUGCUUGUCAAUAUGUCAUCUCGCACGCCAAGGUGAACGUCCUGCUGGUUGAAAACGAUCAACAGUUACAGAAAAUACUUUCGAUUCCGCGAAGCAAGCUGGCGACCCUAAAAGCGAUCAUCCAGUACAAGCCUCCACUGAAGGAGAGAAGCAACAACCUGUACUCUUGGCUUGACUUCAUGGAACUUGGCAACAGCAUUCCUGACACGCAGCUGGACCAGGUCAUCAAGACCCAGAAAGCGAAUCAGUGUGCGGUCAUCAUCUACACCUCGGGGACCGUCGGCCUGCCCAAGGGCGUCAUGCUCAGCCACGACAACAUCACGUGGAUGGCUGGAGCAGUGGUGAGGGACCUGGAGCUGACGGCCACCCCCGAGCAUCAGGAGGUGGUGGUCAGCUACCUGCCCCUCAGCCAUAUUGCAGCGCAGAUGAUGGACAUGUGGGUGCCCAUAAAGAUCGGCGCUGUCAUUUACUUUGCUGAAUCAGAUGCGCUCAAGGGCACACUGGUGCACACCCUGAAGGAGAUAAAGCCUACCAUCUUCCUGGGGGUGCCCCGCAUCUGGGAGAAGAUGCACGACACCAUCAAGGACAACCUGGCCAAGGCCUCCAGCUUGAGGAAGAAGGCCUUCACGUGGGCAAAGGACACGGGCCUGAAGGUCAACACCAAACGGAUGCUCGGGAAACGCGACCUGCCGCUGGGCUACCACAUGGCCAAGGCGCUGGUGUACAGCAGGGUCCGCAGCUCCCUGGGCCUGGAGCGCUGCCGCGCCUUCCUCAGCGGGGCCGCGCCGCUGCCCGAGAGCACGUCCGAGUUCUUCCUGAGCCUGGACAUCCCCAUAGGCGAGAUCUACGGCCUGAGCGAGAGCUCGGGGCCCCACUCCAUGUCCACCCACAUCUCGGGCCUCCAGCGCUCCAGCUUCCUGAGGCGCGGACCCCUGCUUGGUCAGAUGAAACACUUUGGCAGGCCCCUGCUCACAUCUGCUGGGCCCUCUGAGUACACUGCGGGUGAUGCUGUCUCUGAGCCUCGGUUUCCCCACUCGUGUCCCCCUGGCAGCUGUGGCAAGAUCGUGAGUGGGUGUGAGAACAUGCUGGUCCAGCAGAACAAGGACGGCACUGGGGAGGUCUGCAUGUGGGGCAGGCACAUCUUCAUGGGCUACCUGGACAGGGAGGACACGACCCGAGAGACCAUUGACGAGGAUGGCUGGCUGCACUCGGGGGACCUGGGCCGAGUGGACAACCAGGGGUUCCUGUUUAUCACCGGCCGCAUCAAAGAAAUCCUCAUCACUGCGGGUGGUGAAAACGUGGCCCCCGUUCCCAUCGAGAACCUGGUGAGGGAGAGGAUCCCCAUCAUCAGUAAUGCCAUGCUGGUGGGCGACAGAGCCAAGUUUCUGAGCAUACUGCUGACGCUGAAGUGUGAGAUGGAUCAGGCGAGCGGAGCACCCCUGAACAGGCUGAGCUCGGAGGCCAUCAACUUCUGCCGGAGCCUGGGCAGCCAGGCAGACACCGUGACCGAGAUCGUGAGGCAGCAAGACCCACUCAUCUACGAGGCCAUCCAGCAAGGCAUAGACGCUGUGAACCUGGAAGCCACCAGCGAGGCACAGCGGAUCCACAAGUGGGUCAUCUUGGAGAAGGACUUCUCCAUCCAAGGCGGAGAGCUUGGUCCAACAACAAAAAUGAAGAGGCCAUUCAUAGCCCAGAAAUACAAAACACAAAUCGAGAACUUCUACCAGUAACUGCCCAGGCAGGGCCUGGGCUGCCCCAGUGAGGACUCAAUGAAACACUAGAAAGAAGGAAACCUUCACACGUUUGAAGAACUGGACCCCAACCACCCCCUUGCCCAGAAGCACCUGGGAAGCCCUUCCA